UUGUCUCUUUUUCUUUUGAUAAGCAUUGAGUGGUGAAUGCGUAUUUGUUUGGUUACAUUAGUGGUUUUUCUUCUCUCUAUGAUUAAUACGUCUUUUAUAAGUGAAAAUGUUAUUGAAUUGUAAAAAAUUAAUCAAUUAUAAAUGCUAUAGAAAUCUGGCGACCAUUUCUAAUAGGAAAUUAUGUAUUUUGGGUAUAGAAACUUCAUGCGAUGAUACCGGUAUUGCAGUUGUUCGCCAUGAAAAUGGUCAGAAUACAGUGUUGGCAAACGUCUUAAAUUCACAACAAAGUUUUCAUAUAAGAUAUGGCGGUAUAAUACCACCACGAGCACAAGAUCUUCAUAGGUCACAAAUUGCCAAUGUAUUUGAACGCUGCCUAAAAGAAUCAAAUCUUAAAGCUGAAGAUAUCGAUGCUAUUGCCGUUACAACUAGACCAGGUUUACCCUUAAGCCUACUGGUUGGUUUACGUUUUGCCCGCUAUGUAGCACGUUUAUAUAAUAAACCUUUGAUACCGGUACAUCAUAUGAAAGCUCAUGCUUUACAAGCACGCAUGGAAUAUGAUAUACCAUAUCCUUUUCUAUGCCUUUUAAUAAGUGGCGGUCAUAGUCAAUUGUGUUUUGUAAAAUCUUCGGAAGAAUUUCUGUUAUUAGGUGAAAGUUUGGAUGAUGCUCCCGGUGAAGCAUUUGAUAAAAUUGCUCGACGUUUACGGCUGUAUAUAAAUCCCAAAUAUACUAAAUGGAAUGGUGGUCAAAUUAUAGAAGAUGCUGCUAAAUAUGCCACUAAUCCUGAAGCAUUUGAAUUUCCUCUACCCUUAGCUCGUAUGCGAGAUUGUAAUUUCAGUUUUGCCGGUAUUAAGAAUAAUUCAUUUCGAGCGAUAAAGCGUCAGGAGUUGAAGGAAGCUUGUCCCGCAGAUUCUGUCAUAACAAAUUAUGCAGACUUUUGUGCGGGUCUUUUGAAUGCUGUAAGUCGUCACUUAAUGAAUCGUACCCAAAGAGCUUUAGAGUUUUGUAUAGAACGUAACUUUUUUGGCAGUGGGCCACGUUCACUAGUAGUAUCGGGAGGUGUGGCCAACAAUGAUACAAUCUACCAUGAUAUUUCCCACUUAGCCGAGCAAUUUGAGUGCAAAACUUAUCGUCCCUCUAAAAAGUACUGUUCAGAUAAUGGUGUCAUGAUUGCCUGGAAUGGUAUAGAACAGGUUUUGAGAGACGAAAAUUGUCUAAGAUGGGAUUACAAUGACAUAGACAUACAAGGUAAAGCAGAACUAGGAGAGUCUUUAAUAAAUGAAGUAACGGCCGCCAGCAUAAAAUGUAAAUGGGUACAUCAAAACAGAAGUUGAUAGUAAUUAAGAUAUUAAAAAAAAAAAUAAUAAUAAAAUAUGUGUAUAUUAUGAAUUACUUUAAUUUUUCUUGUUGUUGUUGAUUUUAAAAUGUUUGUUAUUUUAAACAUAAAAGUUAGAUACAUUAA